AUGGUGGGUGCUUGUGUCAAAGGGCAUCGCUUGGUCCUGAUAUCGGAACCAAUCUCUGGUUCACAGCACCAGGUGGAAAAGGCUACCGACUCUUGGUUGAAGUGGCAGCUCAUAGUAAUGGGCGGUGUCGUUGUAUUGGUGGCGAUCAUUGUUGAUUGGCUAAAUUAUAGGUCAGAAGUCUCCACUCCAGAGACAGAGAGAGGUGGAGAAGAAGGCAACCUUAGCGCGAAUUUAACCAAAGAGUUAAAAAAUUUCACUAUACUCAAGGAGUUCUCCUGGGAAGAGUUGAUGAUCAUGACCAGUGAUUUAGCACCUGCCAGAUUUCGGGGAGAAGGAAGUUUCGGGAUUGUGUACGAAGGGAACAUGGAAGUCACUGGCGCACGGGUCGCUGUAAAGAUACUAAAAUCUGGUUCAGACCGAGGGAUAAAGGACUAUAUAGCAGAGGUGAAGUCAUUAAGCCAACUUAGGCACAGAAACUUGGUGGCACUUAUAGGCUGUUGUCACAAGAAAGAUAAGUUCGCCCUGGUUUACGAAUUUAUGAGUCAAGGUAGCUUGGGGGAUCAUCUGUUUAAAGAUAGACCCCUGUUGCCGUGGGAGAAGAGGUACAACAUCGCUCUAGGAUUAGGCUCGGCGGUGCACUACCUGCAGAAAGGAGGCAAUCAAUGCAUGAUCCACAGGGAUAUCAAAUCCAACAACAUCAUGCUUAAUGAAAAUUUCGAGGCCAAAUUGGGAGAUUUCAGCACAGCUAGGCCAGUUGACCGCACCAGAGGGCCAGAAGCAACCGAAGCGGUAGAAACAAUUGGUUAUAUGGCUCCAGAGUACGUCCAAAAGGGUGAGGCAAGUAAAGAAUCUGAUGUCUUUAGUUUUGGAGUCGUUCUUUUAGAAAUAGUUUGCUGGAAAUGCGUCUUGGACUCGGAACUAAGAGAACGAGGCCUAAACCUUGUCCAGUGGGUUUGGGAGCAUUAUGGGAGCCCGAGCUUGGCCGGGCGCGGGCAAUUUAGCUUGCGCUGGCGCAAGAAAUUUCUCGAAGUGGUGGACACGGGGCUCUGCAAGGAUUUUGACAAGAAACAGGCGGAGGCCUUGUUGAUUGUGGGGCUGUGGUGUACUCACCCCAUUGCUGCGUCUCGGCCGACGAUUGAAGAGGCAAUGGACGUUUUGAACUUCAAGAAAAAGCCUCCCAAACUCUCCACGCAGGAGCCUAGGUAA